AUCAUUACGAGCUGGCGAAACACUGUCUGGUUGCUUUAGAAGAAUGUGUUUUGCGGUUCCCUCAGCAUUACAAAUCCUUGUAUCGUCUGACACACUUCUAUUUCCACUCCAAGUUCCAUCGCAAUAUAUCCAAGUGCCAGGACCUCCUCCUGGGGACGUACAAGUGCCUGACCUUGGAGGAAAGGCCUGCCAGUGCCAGGUUCCAGGGUCUGUUUGCAGAGAGAAAGAAUAAUAACUUUUUUAAUGGCGUAUGGCGCAUACCAGUGUCUGAGAUCGACCGCCCAGGAAGUUUUGCCUCUCACAUGAGCCGUUGCGUUCUGCUGCUCAUGGAAGUGUUGAGGGAGAUUCGAGAUCACAGGAUGUUACUGGAGCUCUGUCUGCAGCUGAGGCGCACUCCAGAAGCUGACAAGAAGUACCUUCGUGAUUCUGAAAGGGAGCAAUUGUGUCGUCAGGCAUUGACCCUGGCACUGCAGGCUCUACGAGCAAAACUUCGUGAGGGACCCAUAACAAGCGGGCUGGUAGUGGAAAUGUACCGAGCAUACCAGCGUGUCCAAAGGUAUCUUCCACAGAAGGAAUCGGUUUUUGCAUCACUGCUGUCUGAAGCAUAUAAACAACACGCAAAGGUAGAGACGGCAGUGUUGGAUCAGGUGAUACGUUUCAGCCAGCAAGAGAUCAUUGCCAGUCGGGCUGCAGCUCAUGCCCCUGUCACAGCCCCAGUGCCUACAACCGUGAGCCAGCCUGUCACCGCCACGCCGCCAACUGUUACGGGGGCCAGUACCAACGUGACUACACAUCAGCAACGAAAGACAGUAACACCGAUAGUGAAACCAGCAGUUUCCUCAAAUUAUUCGUCUACUCAGUCACUGCCUCGAUCUCGCGGUCGACCUCUGAACGUCCACGUCAGCGGAACCAUCGCGCCACACAGUUCAAAAUCGCAGUAUUCAAGUUCUCGUUGCAGCAUACAAAAGGUGCCCCCUCAGCAGUUUGGACCCAUAAUACCUCAAAAUAUGUCAACACCAACUUUGCCAUAUUAUCCCUUUCACACACUCUUCUCGGAUCCGUCUCUCAUCACUGCGGCUGUCCAAUCAAAAGCACCUGCCAUGUUAGACCAACAAGUUGCUGCUCUUAAUUUUUUGAAUUUACACGCUCAUAUCGGCGGUUACCAAGCAGAAUUUCUCCGUCACUUUUCAACCAGUACAGGCAGUGUCGCUCCAUCUGUAAUUCCAAGUAUUCCUUCAAGUCAGCGACAGAAAGAGUCUGAAGCAGUCAAGUCUCAUGAAAGCAGUUCUGUAGGAAAUAAAGGAAUCUCGGCUCUUGCCAAUCCACAGUGUACACAGAAGCCUUCUACUUCUCUUCCAACUAGUAUAUCCAUAACUCCUCUGCCACCUGCUCAGUCAUUGGUUCCUUGCAAUUCCAGCCCUUCAACAUCGCCGUUAACAACAAAAUACCGCCACAGUAAGAACAAUCAGUUAAUGCCUUCUCUCCAGCAGAAACUCCAAGCUUCACAGGCAUUAGCGAAGUCUGCUAGCAACCGUUCUUCUGUUUCCAAUGUUUCGCUUUCCGUCUCCAAGGCAAGUUCCCAGGUGUCUACGUCUGUAGCUCAGUUACCUUUGAAAGUGACUGCUUCACCAUAUACACCCCCUAAAGAUCAGGUUUUGUUCAGUCCCCAGCCACAAAAGCCUUCUAAUCCUAAUCCAUAUAUUUCCCUACUCAAAGGCGGUGAAGGAAUGCUGACAGCAGGAGUGUCCAUCAGUCAAGUCACCUCCACACCUGUCAGUGCUACAGCAUCAACAAAACCAUCAACUUCGAAGCUCAUGAACUUUCGUAAAUGUGCCGUAUCUCCGUCGCAAGGAAAUGAAACUGAGGAUCAGACAGGCGUGUCUAAAGAUGUAAUGAAUAUAACACCUCCUUUCAAACAUAGUCAUAGUGGUGGUUCCAAGAUGCCAGGCAGGUCGGACUGUAGUCGUGACAUCGCUUCGAGGAUGGCGGCUGCCCUGGGGCCGAGAAACCAGAGCAGUGGUUGUAAACUGUCAACUACUUCAGCUACUGGUCCUUCCAUUAAGAGCGGUCAGACGCAGAUGAUCGCUGUACCGAGAAGUGCAAACAGUGGAAUUGGACAAGACCUCUCCAUUUAUAAAGACACUCAAACCACUCCAAAAACCUCAAAUCCAUUUGUGCAAAGAAGUGAAAUUAGUGAAUCGGCUGUUACCAAAAAUAAAAGUCCUGAAAAUAAAGAUUUGAGUCCUUCUAGCAUUUAUAAGAACCAGAGUGGAACUAAAGGCUGCAGGAGCCCCAUACCAUUGCGGAAAAUUGGGCACGAGAUUACGGUCACGCCCUCCAAUUCAGCGGCUUCUAGCAUUUGCAUGUUGAGUCGUCUUCAUCAGCAAAGCUCUGAGUUGGAAGUGAUCGCAAAACCACCAACACUAGACUUACCCGUCACAAUUCCUUCUUCAAUAACGAUCACCGCCAAGCAGCAAGGCACUUCAGAUGGAAACUUCAGUGGCGGGCAGCAAGGGAGACAGGGCUCAGGCGGAGGAGAUUGUUUCCGAUCGAGUGCCAAGAAAUUUAAGGACUCCGUUUCAAUAACAGAAAUAGGCAGAAAAUUAUCGACUGGAAGUCAAGGAUCAAAAAGGAUUGGGGGACCCAGUGCAGUCAAGCAGAAAGAACAGAAGAUGAAUGAAAAACAUGGCAGUACGGUUGGCGACAGUGUGGAAGUCAUCACAUUGGAGUAGUUCCUUACGUCUGUACAGUGCGCGUAUGUGAACACUCGUUUGCAUGGCACAUAUUGUGAAUUGCAAUGGAAUUUUCAUGCGUGAUUCAGUGCGACUUAAUUUUUAGUUAUUCCACGUUCUAUAAUACCGUUAAUACCUAAACUUUAUUUCAUCUUGCUUAUUAUAAGGAAUGGCUCAGAACUUUUUCUUAUAUUUUAGUAAGUAGCUUAAUUUUGCUGUAAAUAAUGUGAAUGGUAAUAGCAGCUCACAGGUUCUAGACUGAAGGUCUUACUAUGUAUGAAGUGAAGCUGUCCUGCUGUAUAGCUCCUACUCAUUCUCAAACUCUGCACUAGACGGGUGAGUGGUCAGCGUCACGCCCCGGCCGCACUGUACCCAUUAGACGGGAGGCUGGGUGGGCCCCAGAGCCUGUCUGAUCCCUGGUCGUCCAGUCCAGAGCCAGCCCCUGAGAAAGAAUAGAAGGGAUGAUAAAAUGUAAUAUUAAGCUGAGCUAAGUCAGUAUGAGCAAGUGACAGAAAGAAGGACUUCGUUGGUUCUCGUAACUUCCAAGUUCUAGCGCCAGUUGAUAAUUUAGUAAACGUGUGUGUAACAUGUAACCAUAUAAAUAUAUUGUGUCAAGCUACAA